GUUUAUUCAGUCAUUGAGAUUAAUGAAUCGAGUGGACAAUGAAUUUGAAUUUGCGACGGGCCGCGGUUGGUCGAGUGAUUUGCGCACGCUGUGCUAAUCAAGCACUAAACAAGGCUCUUAUUCUUCACUUAUACUUAGCAUUUGCUUCACGAAACCAGUAUAAAAAUGAUCUCCGAUUAGGUAAAAUUGCAAAAGAUCUCGAGGUCACGCGUAUAUUGGUAUCUUGCGACAAUAUCGCGUAUCGAUGAGAAAAACUGUUCACUUUAUUUCUCGAGGCGCAGUGUCAAAGUGAGUUGCUUGCGCUUUGCUUGUGCCUAUGAACUACCUACUUAAACUAAUUGAAAAAAAAAACGUGAUUCAGUGAUCGAUUAUAAAUCGAGCCGUUCUUUAAGAUCGAUUGUGUUGUGCCAACAGGUACCUACAGGGCGCGAUGUGAUCAUUAUACGUUUGGUUGGAAAUUAAGUAAGCAUGACGACUUACGGACGUUGGACGCUGUAUGAUGGCGGUAUGGAAAAUGUACAGUGCAUGGCGCGAGCGUUGUACGACAACAUAGCGGAGUCGCCCGACGAGUUGGCGUUCCGGCGCGGCGACCUGCUGACCGUGCUGGAGCAGAAUACGGGCGGCAGCGAGGGCUGGUGGCUAUGCUCGCUCAGAGGACGCCAGGGAAUAUGUCCGGGCAACCGCCUACGCAUCGUCGCGGGUGUAUUUGACGCAAGUGCGGCGUUGCAGCGGCGGCGCGCGCGCCCCCCCGCGCCUGUUGCGCAUCAACCGCUGCCGGCACAGCAGUCGCCGGCGUUUACAAAGAUAGAAGAAUGUUCACAUUACGAUGUGCCUCGCGCGCCCAUGCCAGUGCAGAGAAUUGGGAACUAUGACUCCCCAAGGCCCAUCGGUGACUGGUAUGACGCCCCGCGCGCGCCCCGUCCCGCCAGCGCAGACUCAGCUUGCAGCGGUACCGGCUCCCUUACAUCGGCCACAUCCAGUGCUUCCGCCAACUCGGGCAGCUCCGCACACUCGAGCACGUAUGACGUGCCGCGGUCGCGCGCCCUGCCGCUGCCCUGUGACGCGGCGCUUGAGGCUUUGGAGAGAUUACAGGAGGAAGCGUCAGCGGCAGUGUCUCGGCUGCUGUCAUACGUGACGCCGGGCUGGCGGCGGCGCGGCGCGCUGCGGCCGCGCGUGCUGGACGUGCGCGUGGCGGGCGCGCGCCUGCGCGCCGCUCUGCACGACCUCGCUGUGUUCGCGGACGCCACGCUCGCCAACGCGCAUGAUGCCCAGGAUAAAGGCAUCGCAGUAAAGCUACGGCCACUAGUUAAAGCCCUGAAGGACGCGGAGCGCAUAACGCACGAGGCGACAUCAGCGCUGGACGCGGGCGACUGGGCGCCCGAGCGGUUAGAACGCGAACGAGAACCAACAGACGGGACGCAAGAUGCCCUGGACCAGCUGGUUGCCUGUGCGAGGUCCUUGACAGAGGAUGUGAGGCGAGCAGCUUCGUUUAUACAUGGGAAUGCGUCGCUAUUAUUCAGGCGGUCAGCAGGCACAGUUCCAGAACACGAAUGGACGGAAGAAUACGACUACGUCCGCCUAGAAUCACGUACGGCGGUGGGGCGACGGAACGCCGAAAUCCGCGCUGCGUUACCCGACAAGCUACGGGCGUCGUUUGACGCGCUUGUGAGGGAUGCCGACCACGCUGGCGAGGUCAGCGCAGUAGCAGCAGCGACACGCCUGCCCGCCGACGACCGUCAACUCGCCGCGUUCUACGCCGCACAGGCGGCUACGUACGGAGCGCAUCUCGCCACGGCCGUCGAAGCGUUCUUACGGACUGUUGAGAUGGGUCAACCGCCUGACGUCUUCCUCGCGCAUGGCAAGUUCGUUGUGCUUAGCGCGCACCGAAUCGUUCACGUUGGGGAUACGGUCCAUCGGAGCGCCCAACACGCCGGCUUAAAGUCGCGAGCCCUCCGAUGUUCCGACGCGCUGUCUGACGCGCUCGCCGCCACCGUCGCCAAGACCAAAUCCGCUGCUCAACAGUUCCCGUGUGCAAGCGCCGUGGCGGAGAUGGCCGAGGCCGCCCGAACGUUAGCAGCACGAGCACAAGAAUUAAGGCGGGUUCUGGUCCGCGCCGCUGACCCGCCGGUGGACACGCCGCUGACCCCCGCGACGGCCGUCGCCCCCUCCGCACCCACCACCCCUCUGACGCCAUGCACGCCGCAUAACCCUACUCCACCUUCACUGGCCACUCUACAGAUAUAAUAGUGGAAAUGAACAAUUCUUUUGAAGGAAAUUAAAGCCAGUGACGUCCU